UUAAUUUACAACAAAACAACAAACAAAAAUAAAAAACGCAGUAAAAACAGAAACUUAAAUAUUCAAUUAUUGCCCGACCACCACCACCACUACCCAACUAACUCCUCCAACAAAUAAAUUUCACAAAAUCCUUAAAACCAAACUGAGAAGAAGAACCUGCUAAUAUUUGUUCGUUAUGCUCUCGCUCCUCUUCCUUUUCUUUGUUAAAUGACAACAAAAUAUCUAUUUUUCUUACUUUUAGCUACAGCAAGAGAACUUAGUAGAAGGACUAAUAAUACCAACUACAACAAAUCAACUUCAUUUUAAACAAUAGAUCAAUCAACAAUCUUUGUAUUAUCAGGGAAAAAAGAAAUUAUUAUUAUUAUUAUUACUCUUUUUAAAACUCGGCUUAUUGUGUGUAACACAAAAGCUUUUUAUAUUCUAAUAAAAGAAUAUAAAUUUCAGGAAAUUUUCUUUUUUUAACAUUUUUAACAAUAAUUAAAACUACUCUGCCAGCCCGCUCCAACCCUUAAAAACGUCGUCGUAUUUAUAUAUUUACACAGAACUGCAUUAUACAUUUUUUUUUAGUAAUUUUCUCCUUGAUAAAAUGAAACUUUAUAUUUUGUUCGUUAACGUAGUUCUUCAUCUCUGUAUAUUUAUGAUGUUCACUUGUUUUAGGUGUAAUCUAAAUAAGAAAAAUAUAUUUUAAUUUUAAAUAAUUUUCAAACAAAUAAACGUAUAAAAUAAAAGUAGUGAAUAUCUCUCCCUUUAUUUUUAAUCUGCUUACUUUCUUUAGAAAAUAUAAUUAUUCACCCCUAUUCUGCAUUUCGAUUACAUUUACGCAAAGAUCGAAAAAAGUGAUUCCAACAAAAAACUGAAUCGGAAGAAAAAGAAGAAGCAUUUCCAUUUCGUUUCAAUGCUUUACGAUUGUGUGUAUUCUGCAUUUCGAUCGUAGUUACGUUUUUGUAAGUUGUUGUUUAUGUGGUGGAGAGUCGAAUCGAAAUGCAGGAUACCAAAGUUGACAAACGGAGAAAUUUUCCGAAAUGCAGAAUACGGGCUAUUGUUUGAUAUUGUGUCUGUUCGUAAACAAAAAUCUAUACAAUUCGUCAUUAAGAUAUCGCUUUAUAGAUGUCGGUCAGAAUUCGUUACGAAAUCUGAUGUAAAUUCCUAGGGAUAUUCUGAAGGAAUUUUUGACAGAUCUGAUUAAAGUCGGACAAAUGUCUGAUAGCAUACCGAAAGUCUAAUCAAAUAUAUUAAUUAAUUAAAUUCCCUUUUAAAGUAGUCGAAAAUUAUUCCCGAUUAUUCUGUAAAAUGUCUGAAGGAAAUUUAUAUUAUUCGUUAAAAAUUGUGAUAAAGUAUAAGAAUAAUUUCAGAAGAAAAUUUGACAUAAGAAAUGUCAGAAAAACUUGUUUACUGGGUAAUUGGUAUAAAAGCAAACGGAGUACGAAAAAAUAUGUUAUAAAUCGAUAAGGGGACAUUUGGGUGUUUAUAAAUACAGUGUAACAGUUCAAGUAUAUUUAAUUUUUAUCUCAUUUUUUAGUUGCAAUAUUUUGCUUUUCGUUGCUUUGUUCAUCACUGUUGCAACUGCAUUUACGAAUUCAUCCUUUAUUAAUUUGUUUCUAAUUUGGAUUAUUUAUUUUAAAUUUUACUGUUUAAGCCUAAAAAUAUGCUUUAUUUUUGAAAAAUAAACUGGAUAUUAUUAUUGUGGUAGAAACUAUUGAUAAGUUGCGAGUUUUGUAUUUAUGAUCCUGAUAGUAUAGGUAUAUACUGAAAAAGAGAUUGUCAUUAUAGAAAUCCAAUAUAACUGAUUUUGAUUUGUUUGUAAAUUAUUGAAUUUGAUGUAAAUAUGGAAAAGCGAAAACAAAAACAAUCGGAGUAAACACCAAUAUUCUGCCUUUACACUUCUGCAGUAAAGCAACGAACGAAACAAGACAAUUUGGCAAAAAAGGAAAUCGAAUGGAGCAUCAAUGAUAUUAAAAAAUACUUAAAAACGGUUGUGUGCUCGAUUUUAUAGAUAAUGUUAAUGCAAAAACUAAUCUAAUUUCUAGAAAAGCGUGGUAGUGACAUUCACCCCUAUUCUGCAUUUCGAUUACGUUUAAGCAUUCAGUUACGCAACGAUCGAAAAAAGGUAUUCCAACAAAAAACUGAAUCGUAAGAAAAAGAAGAAUCAAUUCCAUUUCGUUUCAAUGCUUUACGAACGUGUGUAUUCUGCGUUACGAACGUACCUACGUUUUUGUAUGUUGUUGUUUAUGUUGCGGAGAGUCGAAUCGAAAUGCAGAAUAGAGACCAUUAUCAUCUUCGUAACAUUAUAGCAACCUUGGAAUUUUAUACAUUCUGAGGAAUCUUCUCGUCCUGCGUUGGGUUUAGUGGUCCCACCUAUGAUUGCACUAUUACAAGUGUUUUUUAUUUUGAUUUCUCGAUUACACAGAGGAAAAGAAAAAUAUAGACGCCUGGUUCCAAAUCGACACCAAAUUUUUAAUAACAUCCGUUGUCAAUUAUAUACAUACAUUGCAACAAUUCGUUGUCGCAAUCUAAAUUUUAAACACAUCCGUUGUCUAAAAGUUAAGAAACAUGGUAGGUUCACAAUCGAUUGUCAAUAGUGAGCUUACCACGUUUGAUAACUUUUAGACAAUGGAUGUGUAUAAAAUUUAGAUUUCGACAACGAAUUAUUACAAUGUUGACAACGUUGCGCUGUCAAUUUGUAUAUUGAUUCUUUGCACUGGACUAACUUAGAGUUCAACAAAAAAAGGAAUAAGAAUUGUAAACCUAGCCACACCGACUUUACACGUGUCGUUUCUACAAUAACAAAAACCAUUUUUCUCUACCGAAAUCGUGAAGUAUGAAAAAAUGGAUAAAAAAUCUUUAAACAAAAAAAGUUUCGGUUGGAAUAUCAGCACCAUUUUGAUCUCAUUUCAAACGGAUUCAUUACAAUGUAUUAAAACUUUCCAAGAAUAAGUUCCGAGUGUGAAAUUUCAAACAAAACUCACAUUAUUGAGAAAUAUGCUAAAUAUGUGAUCAUCACUGUAUGAAAAAAUCUGUUGAUCGAUAUACGGUUUGAUUUGUGUUAUCGUGUUUAAAUUAAAAUGAAUCAAUAUGACAUGACAAGUUCUCAAUUUUUAGCUGAUUGUGGUCAGACAAUAACAACUACAACAACAUGUUAUAAACGUAAUAAUAACAAUUUAUAUAAUAACAAUAAUGAUAAAACUCAUGAUGAUGGUGAUCAAAAGAAUGAAGGUCCCCGUCAUGUUUCAGCCUUAGAUUCUCAUCAGUUUCCGGAUAAUGAAGAGCCAAAUAUAUUGGGACAUGGUUCACCAGCUGCUGAUUUGUUAACACAAAAUAAUAACUGUUGUUCCAAAGCUAAUGACUGUGAUGAUGCUGACAAAUAUAAUAAAUAUAAAUUGUUGCUUAAUUUUGAAGAUGCACCGGAUCAUUUAAAAUUUAAUCCCUAUAUUAGAGGUGGUUAUAGAACAUUCCUGUCCACAAAAUUGUGUCUACAGAGUGUAUUUUGGUGGACCAAUGAAACUAUCAAUAUUUGGACUCACUUGUGCGGCUGUCUUAUGUUUAUCGGUUUGACUAUAUUUGAUUUUCAAUUUUUAAAAGUUCAUGCCGAAUUAGAAGAUCAGAUACUGGUGGUGUGUCUGUUGAUUUGUUUCUGCUUGUGUAUGCUUUUAUCAUCGAUUUAUCAUAUAUUCUCUUGUAAAUCAGAGGAACAUUAUGAGUUAUUCUUAUCGGUGGACUAUUUGGGUAUAUCCUUGUCUUUGGUGGCCAUUUACAUUAGCAGCAUGUAUUACGCCUUUUGGUGUUUUAAUAAUCUUAGAAUAAUUUACUCUGUGAUCGCCUUAGGCAUGUUUGGUUUAGCCAUGACUGUACAAAUUCCAAAACUAAAUGUUUCUCUUAAUGGUAAAAUAGCUGUGCUAUUGGCCUGGGCAGCAUAUGGUGUGAUACCCUUGGGACAUUGGACUGUGAAAAUGGGUGGCUUAGAAAAUGAAUUAGUUAGAUUAAUGGUACCCCGUGUUAUAACCAUGUAUGGCUUGUGCGCCAUUGCCUUUGUGAUAUAUGCAGCCAAGAUUCCAGAACGUUGGUUGACCGGCAAAGUUGAUUACUUUGGACAUUCACACAACUGGUGGCAUCUAUUCAUUUUGGCUGCCUUCUAUCAUUGGCACAAUACCGGCAUGGUCUAUGCUGAAUAUCGUUUAAAUAAUGGCUGCAAUGGACCCUUAUUGACGUAAACCCUCCCAUACUUCAUUACCCAGCACCGCAAACACACAUCGGACAAAUUGUUCAUUUAUCAAUCAUGUCAUUUCCAUCAUUAAUUUAGAAUAUACCAAAAUCUUCUUAAUAUUAUUAUAAUAAUUAUUAAAUAUUAUUUGUUAAAUCAAGUGUAUAAUUAUUUUUUCAAGAAGUAUAGAUAAAAUAUUUGUUAAUACAAAAAGUCCAUUAUUAAUUAUAGAUUAAAACAAAUCUCUUCCUUUUCUAGAUUUUUAAAUAAGUUUAAUUAAUUGAGUUAAUAGAAUCCAAACAAUUUCUAUCACUGCUGUUGUAAUAAUCAGAGAGGAUGGUUCUAUAGAAUAUAAUUUAAUUUUUUCUUAAUUGUAGUUUAAAAAAACCUGAAUAUAGAAUUACGAUUUAUUUCAAUGUUAUUAAAUUUAUAAGUAAAAGAUUAUAACGAUUUUGUUGAUAUUUUAUUUUUUUAUUAUUGAAAAAUGCUUUAUUAUUGAAUAGAAUAUGAGUUUAAAUAAAUAAUCGAGACUUUUUGAAACAGAA